GGUUCGAUUCCCGGCCAAUGCAGUUCCGUUUUUACUCGUUGCUGUGAGAGUUGGGUGAUUUUUUUUGUUUUUUUUUUUCCCCUUCCUUCGGCUUUUCCGCUUCCUUCCUUCAGCCUAACGCCCGCACACCGUCUCCGGGCAGGCGCGGGGCCGGCUGUGCAAGGGGCCGGCCCCCGGCGAGGCGGCGGCUGCGCAGGCUGAGGGCCGCCGACAAGAUGGAGGUAAAAGAUGCAAAUGCUGCAUUGCUGAGUAACUUUGAGGUGUUCCAGUUACUUACUGAUCUUAAGCAGCAGCGCAAAGAGAGUGGAAAAAGCAAGCAGAGCUCUGGUCAGCAGAAUCUGAACACAAUCAUGUAUGAAACACUGAAGUACAUAUCAAAAACACCGUGUAGAUACCAGAGUCCUGAGACCGUAAAAGAAUUCCUCAUAGCAAUGAAAGGCCAUAAGCUGACCAAAGCAGAAAAGCUGCAGUUGCUUAACCACAGGCCUGUGACAGCAGUUGAAAUACAGCUGAUGGUAGAAGAAAGUGAGGAAAGACUAACAGAAGAGCAGAUCGAGUCACUUCUCCAGACAGUCACCAGUAUCCUUCCAGGGGAUCCGGACGAACAACAGAGAGACUCAGCAAUGGCAACUGAAGACAAAGGUGACCAAAAGUAGGAGGUGUCUAGACCAAAGCUGGCAAUAAUUUCAGCAAAAGAGAAUUGGUUAAUAUUUUUGUUUUUCACUUGAUACCGGUUUAAUCUUGUAUUGGACAUCACUGUAAAAUAUAUUACAAUUCUUGUUAUUCAGAGGUGAUGAGGGAACCGAUUGUUUACAAGAAAGCCUGGAAAAGGACACUAUUGUUUCGGCAUUUUGUCAUAUACAGGGGUGAUAGUAACUGGAUUUGUAGUGUAGCUGUCAGAAGUGAUGGGACAGUCUGAAGCUUUUGUAUUUUUUCCAUUACCCAUGUAACAGCUGUACAUCUGAGCAGGCUAAUAUACAGCUGGCAAUGUUUUAAUUAUCACAGCAGUACUAUAAUUAUAAUUGCUUUCAUAUGAUUUUGAAUUGCCCAACUGUUUUUCAGAAUGGAUUACAAUACAAAGCCGACUUUUGGAGCUGUUUGUGAAAAGGGCUAUUUUCAGGGAUCGAUACGUGGAGUAAUAACUGCUUGAUACUUGUUCAGCCAACUUCGAGUAGGCUAAUAUGUCAUGGAAGUGAGAGGAUCUGUUGAUAGGGUAGCUGUUCUCAAGGACGUCUGACAGUCUAUACUUGAUGAAAGGUAGAUCCAGAUCAUCAGCUAAAUAUUUAUUGCCACUGAACACAGCUGAGUUGGACCAGCUCACAGCAGCUGAGGCUUUAGACUGUAAUGUUAAGGCUCUUAGUAAUACAAACAGAAGAACAUUAAGAGUGAGGUGUAUAUUUUCCCUUUGAACAUUUGUUCCAGUAUUUAUAUAUAGACAAGUUACAGUCUUGUGAAUGUGCUGUUGACCAUGGAAUAAAUGAAUGAGUCAACACUUCAGUCCUAAUCUGGUGCAGAAGAAUGAAAAUCAGUCAUGGCCGAAGGAGAAAUUUCUGUGUACUGAGCCUUGUCUGAUUAAAGAUUUCAGGUUUAAGUAUUUAGUGCUGAAAGCAUUGAUGAUUAUAAUAAAUCUUUUGUAUAUAUACACAAUGUCAUGAGUUACACAUGGCACUGGUUUUAUACUGUAACUGCAGACCAUUCUUCUAUAAUUGUUGUAAUGUACUGGAAAUAGAAAUAAAGAUUGAAGUAUGUCCUGGGAUUUUUUUUGGCUUAAAGACGAGUUACAAGAGCUUGAAUUGAAAUAUCUGACUUUUUUCCCCCACUUGUGUCAUGGUUUUAUUUUGUGAUCCUAAACAAGGAAUUUACCCUUUUUAAGCCUUGGUUGUGCCAUAUAUGAAAGGGAAUGAUAAUUUCUGGUUUGGGGGGGGGGUUAUGAUAUGCAUUUCCUUGGUAUUUUAAGCUGCUUUGAGCUUUGGAGAGGAAAGGAAGGUAUUGGAAAAUAUAUUUGUUACUUCCUGAACAUAAUUUAUCUCACAUUAAGGGCUUUUCAAGGCUGAAGGCUAAUGGUAUGUUUUGAAUGGGUAUGUUAAGUGUAGUAUUAGGGGGAAAAGACUUCAGUGUUUUUUGUGAUACAUCAAUAUAUAUGUAUUUUCUCUCUAGAUGUGCAAUAAAAUAAGAGAUUAAUAGAUCAUAUCACAGAAUGAUGUGAUAUUAAUUAUAAAAUUAGCAUUUUGCUCUUAGCAGUCAUUAAUGCUGUUUGACAUUCUGCGGCCUUGGGUUGCAAGUGUUUACAUUUUUAUCUGUACUCUUUUUCUAAAAUUAAGUUGUUGAAGAAUGUUCUAAACUUAUGAAAAGCAGAUGGGACCAGAUCGCAAGUAUCUUUAGCCAGCACUGACAUUUUAACAGAUCUCUGAACUUGGAUGUUCCAUCUUGGGAAUUGCUGAUUUAUUUUUUUUAUCAUAAAGGCUUUUUGCCAGCAUCCAUGUCAUCUUCUGUUGUGUGUGGUUUGUACAAGACACAAGAACCUAUCCGCUUGCUAUCUGAUUAACCUUUUUAUCGAAAUAAAUUCCAGGUGGGGAUACAAACAU